UGGGGGAAAGGCUGCAGGUUUGUUGUAGAGAGUUUAUCACUGAGACAGGGGUCAAGUGAAAGACAAAGAAAAAUGGCGAUUGCGUUCGUUUACGGGGUUCAGAACAGCAAGGUUUAUACUUUGCAAUGUGUCCUAUCUGUAAUGUACUGGAGCUUCCUUUGGGAUUCUUUGAAUUCGAGGCGCUUUUGAUUGUUGGCCUCCUUUUUCGGAGCCUAGGAGAGACUUCCAUUGCUCCUUUCCCACCCCCGUCCCUCCGGAGCAGGAGAGGGAAAAGCAUACCGAGAGCCUGGAUGUUAGGGAAUGUCUGCCACUGCAGAUGGUUCGUUCAGUACAGCCUCUCAGGGAGGUGGCAACAGCGAAGCCCAACAUUUGCUGCAGACGUUUUGGCCGCGUGUAAUGGAAGAGAUACGCAGCUUAACACCGAAUGAUUUCAAGAUGCAGGAUCUUCCCUUGGCUCGUAUCAAGAAGAUUAUGAAGCUUGACGAAGAUGUAAAGAUGAUCAGUGCAGAGGCACCAGUGCUGUUUGCAAAAGCAGCUCAGAUUUUCAUUACCGAGUUAUCCUUACGAGCAUGGAUACAUACUGAAGAUAACAAACGCAGGACUCUGCAGAGGAAUGAUAUCGCCAUGGCCAUCACAAAGUUCGAUCAGUUUGAUUUUCUAAUUGACAUCGUUCCUCGAGAUGAGCUCAAGCCCCCAAAGCGGCAAGAGGAAGUGCGCCAGGCGGUUCCAAGCUCUGAGCAAGUGCAAUACUAUUUCACAUUGGCCCAGCAGCCGACGACGGUACAAGUACAGGGGCAGCAACAAGGACAGGGGUCUGGUGGCUCAACCAUUCAGCCGAGUCAGAUCAUCAUUGGACAACCACAGCAGGGCCAGGUUGUACAAGGAACCACUGUCCAACAACUGCAGCAAGUGCAGGUCGCACAGUCGCAGACUACAGCAACAUCCAUCACGAGUGCCCCGGUGACAAUGCAGGUUGGCGAUGGGCAACAGGUGCAGCUUGUUCCAGCACAAAACCAAACACAGCAGGCUCAGACCAACUCUGGGCAAACCAUGCAGGUCAUGCAGCAGAUCAUCACCAACACGGGCGAGAUCCAGCAGAUACCAGUGCAGCUGAAUGCUGGACAGCUGCAGUACAUUCGUUUGGCCCAGCCUGUAUCUGGAGCACAAGUGGUACAGGGACAAAUCCAGACCCUUACCCCCGGCAAUCCGCAGCAGGUUGGUCAAGCAGAGGUUCAACAGGGUCAGCAACAGCAGCAGCAACAACAAUACAACCAGUUUACUGACGGACAGCAGCUGUACCAGAUUCAGCAGGUCACCAUGCCAGCCGGACAAGACAUCGCCCAGCCCAUGUUCAUCCAAUCCACUAAUCAGACGGCAGAUGGACAGACUGCCCAGGUCACAGAAUAGUCCAAAGUGAUGGAGAGCUGAAAGCAACUGCCACAGAAGCCAUUGUAUAAAUAGUACAGUCACUUAAUAACUGGGAUAGAAAUUGAUUUUUUUAAGUUUUUUCACCAUUGCAUUGUGUUAAGUAAAAUUAAUUGUACAUAUAUAAAAUGCAAUAAACUCCUUCCGAGUAGAGCUUUGUAAGCCCAAUAUACAAGAGUGGAUAGGAAGGAGAAUUCUUGUCUGUGCUGAUUAUCCAGUACCAUCACUGACCAUAUUGCGUUUCUCUUGUUCAGUUGUACAGUGUUGUGCCUCAGCUUUUUUUAUAUAAAGAAAUGCAACUAAUGCUUAAAAAUGGGAGCAACCUAGCCAACUGUGUUUCUUGGCUGACUUAAGGGAUAGUCUAAGCCACCAGUUUAUAAACCAGUAUUCCCUAUCAGUCUUAAUAAAUCAAAAGAUCUUUACAUGCAUAUUGAUUAACAUUUCAAGAAUGGAUCAUUAGGAUGCAUUUAUAGUGUCAAAUUCAAUUUCCUGCAAGAGGAUAUCUCUUGUGGCACUCGGGUUUGGCACAGUAAAUAUAAAUUCAGUGGAAUGUUAAAUAUUACUUGCAGAAUGCAUCCCAAUAACUGUAGUUGAGUGUUUCAGCUGUUGGAGACAAUGAGGUUAAAUUUUCUUGUGUAUAAAACCUUUUGUUUUAUGAAAUACUGAAAUGUUCACUUGAAAUUGGUGUUAAAAUAACCAAUCCUGGGAUCUAGCCACAGAACUGACCAGUGAACUGCUUAGGACCAUAAAGCUGAAUAGGUUGAUCAGGUGCUGCUUUGUAACUGACGCGCGUGUGGAUCUAUUCACGAGGGACCCCUGAUCAAAUGCUGAGGCUCCCAGUUUGCCAGCAUGCUGUAAGUCUAGUAAUUUCCCUGAACUCCAAUGUAAAGGUGACUCCCAGCUGCUUUCCAAGAUGUAGUACAUUUCUCCUGCAUACUGCAGCAUAAUAUGGAUGAGGGAGAUCCUUUCAUCCAACCAGCAAUAAAUAUCACACUGUACCCUCACUGCAACUUCUAAUUUGCAUUUCAAUAAUUCCAGGACUUUUGCCCAUGUUACUCUACACAAAAACCCUUGUGCUGAUCUUGGCAUAAAGAAUUGCCUGGUGGCAAUACUGCAGUAGCCUUUUAUUUACUGGAACCCAUGUACUGUGGACGUUUAGCAAAGUGUACUUUGGAAUUCUACCUUUUGUUGUAGCCUUUACUAUCUUGUGGUCCUUCAUUUUAAGCUGGAAAGAUCUAGUUUCUUCAAUUUUCACAGGAGAUCUAUGGCACCAAUUUUAAGGUCUGUGGAUGUUUUCUGCAGUGCCACAGUGCCUCACUGUCUCCUUUUCUGUUUUGCAGACCAGAAACAGAUACUGUAGUAAAGAAGCACUGUAACUUGAAUGUAACAGAACUUGGCAUAGGCUGCAUGUUAGCUAUGUUGUUGAGCAUUGAAAUAGCUUGUUAAUUGUUGCCCUGCACAGUAUUAUAUCCAUUCUCAGGAUAUGGAUGAUGCUGACUGGGCAAGCAAUCAUCACCCAGCCCUGAUUACCCUGAGAGAAAUGAUGGACAACCAUCUUGAAUUGCAGUCAUUGCGGUGAAGAUACUCUUCCAGUCAGAACCUAGAAAUACAAGAAGGCCAUAAGUCCCUUGGGCGUCUUCUGCCAUACAGUGAGAUCACAGCUGAUCUGUUGCUCCAUAUACCAGUCCUUUCUCCCCCAUCACUCCUUGGUUAACAAAAUCCUAUCGAUCUCAAACUUAACCUCAGUCUUGGCAAAAGUUGCCAUUUGCAGAAGAGAGUUCAAUUUCCAGACUCUCGUCACCCUUUUGUGAAGAGAAAUAUUUCCUGCCUGCCUCUUAUUUUUUUCCUUCACUCCAAGGGAAAAAAAUGUCCCAGCAGAUAUAGUUUUCCCCUACCAAUCCUAUCAGAUCUCCUUAACACUUUGAAAAUUUUAAUCAAAGCACUCUUUAAUCCUCUAAAUUCCAGGAUUACAACCCUUGUUUUAGGAUCUUGACCCAGUGUUUGGAGUUAUUAUUGACUCUAAUACAACUUCAUAGCUCUCUUUUGAUUUAAUUUCUAGCCAUUUGACAACGUGCAGAGUAAAUGCUGCUCUGUUUUCCGCAUGUGAACCAGGUCUGACAGGAUUGCUUCAUCAGUUUCUGCAUUGUUUAUGCAGUUUGCUUCACUUUUUUUGCAAUUUCCAAAAUGAAAUGGAUCCUCUCAAUUCUGCUGCCUGAAGAGAGUAACAUCCGAUAUAAAGAUUAACUCUGCAAUCGUGUUGCUGUAUUUCCAAACAUAAUGAGCAAGUCCCUUACAAAGGAGACUGGAUGGUGUUGGGUGGUCCCUACAGAAUCCAUAGUCCGUUCAAUUUUCUGUAAUUAUUAAAUCUAAUUAUUUCAUGUUAACUGUGAAGUAAUCUGUUCCUAUUAUCUUUGCUGGACAACAUAAGAAAAAGGAGCAGGAGAAGAUCGGUUGGCCUCAAGCCUGCUCCAUCAUUCAGGAAGGAUCUUGGCUAAUCUAAUCUUUGUUCUCAACUCUUUUCCUUCCUGAUCCCCAUAACCCCUAGUUUAGUAACUUACUAUUGGGAGACCAAUAUGUUCACUGCUUUGAAAUAGUGUGGUGGUGGUGGUGGUGGUGGGGGGGGGGGAGAAAAUAUAUUUGAAAGAUUGAAAGCUUUCAGUAACCCAUGUAAACAGCUAAAGGUUGCUGUGGAGGUUGCCAGGCCAAAGCUAGCCUCGUUGUUUAAUGGAAGCCUUCUCUGUUCAUCCUGUCCAGUGGGGGCCAAAGCUCAUUAGUUGUACUGCAGGCCAUCCCUUGGUUACAAAUGCCUGACUUAUGGACACCCCUACAUACAGAUGAGCUCCCAUAAUAUUAAAUUCAAAGGUCUGACAUACGUACAUAAUACUUGUUCCUACAAAUGGCAGAACUAGUUCCCUCACUCUUUCUUCACUUUUAGUAAUUAUUCUUUCUUAUCAAUCUUGUGUGCUUUUGAUGCCAUUCUUUGCAAUACUGUGGAGCUGUAAUUACCACAUUGAGGGAUUUUUCUGUAUUUUCCGACGAGGACAAAAUCGAAUUCUGGACGUCUGUAGAAACAGAACCCAUUUGUUACCCGAGGAUGGCCUGUGCUUGCUCCAUAGAAUAGUGCAGAAGGAAGCUAUUCAGUUCACCUGGCUGAUGCUGGCUAUUUGGGGAAAAUUAUCCAAUUAGGAAGCUGAAUAAGUAUUGAAAAGGAGGAAGCUUUGAAGAGAAGGCUGGGAAGUGGGAUUAACUGGAUUGCUCUUGCAUAGUGCUUCUACUGAUCCAACAGACUGAAGAGUCUCCUUCCAUGCUGUAACUUCAAUACAAUUACAUAUGAGCAUACAAAUUAGGAGCAGGCUGCUUGACCCCUCAAACCUGCUCAUUUAAUUAGAUCAUGACUGGUCUGAUUUUCAGUCCAAUUUUCUUAUCCAUUUGCCGUAUCCCUAUAUUCCCUUUUCAAAGCAUUGCUCCUUUUUCUGGUUGCAAAGUUACUGAAUGUUUCCACCACCCUUUUGGGUAGUACCUCCCAGAUUAUGAUGUUUAAAAUUAUUUCCUCUUGCAGACGAGUUUUUAUCUUUUCGUCUCUAAUUACUCACCUGCCCGGUCAUGGAGACACUUCUCCUUGCCAAAUCCCCUUGGGAUUUUGGACAUGUCCACCAACUCUCCUGCUAAUCUUUGCUGUAAGGGCAUAAAGCUGGUAAUUGAUAUGGUAUCUGAGGAAUAGAACAAGCCAGCUAAUUUCUGUAUUAGUGUGCUCUUCCUCCACUGGUGUUGGGUUUAUUUUUAGACAGUGUGCUGAGAUGGAAUGAUCUGAGCUUAGUGUUGACAGUCCAUUCCUUGCAGAGGUCAAUGGCGCAGAACUGAGAAGAAUUCUGAUUGUUACUGAUAUGGGAAUUGGUAAUACUAAUACUGGAACAAAACUAGAACAACUUUAUCCUAAGAAUAUCCUGGCAGUGCUUGAGGUGGAACCAGGUGUACCCUUAACCAGCAUCCAUGAUACCUGCAUUUAUUUCAGAAAGUUGUGACCUCCCUAAAAAUGAUUCUUCCUUUGUGAAACUCUCACCUUGGGUGCUCUGGAGGGAACUGUGGUUAGUUUUUUGUAAUGUUAAGUGUUGCUUGGGUAAAAAUUAUUUCAUUGGGUCAAUGAAGAUGCAGGGAUUGUGAACAGAGUUAGGCUGAGCUCAUGAUGAUGCACACUUGAAACUGCAGUAUUAGGGUAGGACUGUACAUGGCCCACUUGUGAAGCAUCAUAGAACAGUCAGGGAUCUUAGCAUUUCCAAGGCUGAGAUUGGCACUACAGAGCUCCCUUUUUGCAUUCUUAGCCCCUCCCCCUUCUCUGGCUCCUCUUGGAAUUAUUCUCAUUUAACAUACCCCACAUCCAGCUGCUGAUCUUAUCAAAUCUGCAGCCACUACUGAGAUGACAAGAUGUCCGCACAAGUCACCGUCUCUAGUGAGCUUCCAUAUCCGUCCUUUAAAAGAGUUUUUUGCGUUAAUUGAAAGUUGCAGACAUUGCAGCUGCUCCUUCCGGGCUGAAUUCCCUCUUUCCCUGGAAUGGUUGAUUGUCAUUUCCAGGUUGAAAAUAUUGUACGCUGGCCUUGUGCUACAAUGUCUCGUACUUCUCAAACGCGUGUGUAAUACACUGAGUGCAUUUGUUGUUUGAAAUUGUCUUAAGAAUUUUCUGAUAUCCAGAGUCUUGAUAUUAGCCCACUUUUACUUUAUAUAUCUUUAGAAAUAAAACUCUUUUGUUACAA